AUGGAGAAAAAGCCUCAUAAGAAGGAAGAACUGUCAAUUACCAAUCAAGUCUUACGUUUGGCGGAGUGUUUGCUAAAAGAAGUAGACGGACCUUACCGCAUUUGCGGAUGGGCCGUGAACCCCUUGGUCUACAACGUCUUCAAGCUCGUCCUACUCUCCUGUUUCUCGGCUUUGGUUAGCGAAUUCCUCGGCUUCAAGUUGAAACUCUACAAGCUGAAAUUGAAUCCGGCCAACUGGUAG